AUGAUGACAGAAGGCAUGCUAGAGUCAGGCUUCAUCAACAGUCAACCGUCGAUUGAAGAGUUUAUGACUGCGAUCCCACAUAUCAAUGAAACGUACCACGCAUCAUGUGCGGCAUCAAUCACCGGAGAGACGGGGCUGGAAGCAGCAGCAGCAGCAGCACACUACUGCCAGCACGCCGCCGCUGGCUCGCCCCCCGGCCAGCAGCAAUACCAUCAGCUGCAGUCCCCGUCAUCGUCGGUAGCGGCGAGGAAGAACGCGGCCGGGGGCCCCCACGUUAAGCUGCCCGAGUACCCGUGGAUGCGAGAGAAAAAGACGCCGAAGAAACACGGUCAUCAAGUUCAUGAGAACGGCACACCAAGGCGGCUGCGCACGGCCUACACGAACACGCAGCUCCUAGAACUAGAGAAGGAAUUCCACUUCAACAAGUACCUCUGUCGCCCGCGGAGAAUCGAGAUUGCCGCCUCUCUCGAUCUCUCCGAGCGUCAGGUCAAGGUCUGGUUCCAGAACAGACGCAUGAAGCACAAGCGACAGUUUACGGGCAAGCCUGGCGACGAUAUCAAAGACGAAAACAAGGUAUCUUCGAGCAAUAGCGAUGACAGCAGUUCGGAGUUGAACAUGGCGUGCCGGUCGCCGGAUACCUCAGGGAAUGCUAUAGACACCGACGGCGGCGCGAAAUCGCCCGACAGUAGGUCGAGCACGAAAGAUUUUACGUCGCCGCCGGCUGUCGUCGCGGACGUGUGUAGCAGCAGUACAGAGCCCCUGAAACAGGAACCCGUCAUUCUAGCGAUGCCUGGGAAAAUGUCGGAGCUGCAAUAUGGACGUCAGGCGGAUGUCGCCGCCGCUGCCGCCGACGAUGAUGAUGAUGAUGACGUCGGCGGGGGUCAUCCGUACGAACUGCUGCGAGCGACGAGCGACGUAGUGCCGCCACAUAACGCGACGACGCACAUCUACGACUUUAAUUCGCAACAUUUGAACACAUACGGCGUCUGUAACACUGCGGGCGGCGGCAGCAGCAGCGACUACGGCGAUCACAGUAAGCCACCGCCACCGCCUCAUCUGCCGACGCCUCACCUGCCGUCGCCCGCCAGCCUGCAGAGUUACGACAACGUUGGCUACUCGCACGUGCGACCGACAGAAUACAUAGGUGGCGCUAGUGCGGUGUACCCGCCGCAGGAGCACAUCCGGGGUCUUGAAGGCUUCAACUCUGAAGCGUAUUGUUCGACGCGCGGUGUUCCCGGCUGGAACAUGCAGAGUCAGUACGGUAUCCUCAGUGACAUGACUAAUGACUACUCGUCACCGGAGUAUUAUAAUAUGUAA